AUGUCGAACACAACACAGACACAGGAUAAGCCCGAAACCUCCGAACAGCCAACACAGCAGAAGCCCACCGUGCUAGAAGAAGACGAUGAAUUCGAAGAUUUCCCAGUCGAAGACUGGCCUCAAGAGGAAACCGAACAAGCAAACGGAAAUAACGUCCAUCUGUGGGAGGAGAGCUGGGACGAUGAUGAUGCUGCGGAAGAUUUCUCAAAGCAGUUGAAAGAGGAACUCAAGAAAGUCGAAGCAUCCCAUUAG